UCCGACUACUAAAUUCCCAGAGUGCAGCGCAAACAACCGCUUCAGCUAUUGGAUGAGAUUAGCCAAUCAGCGAUGCGUCGCACGAAGUUAUUUCCUGUAGAAUGCACAUGCUGGGAAAGAAAGUUGGCUGUAUUUCGUAAGGUUAAAGGGGCGCAAUUUUUAAUUUUUGUUUUACUUUGAAACUUCACGACGGACCGCCGAUGUAAUGUUCGAUUUUCACAUGGGGAAUGAUUCGCCGGGGAGGGGGGACGUCAUCACGACAGGACGGUUGCGCCUGACGUCACACGCCAUCCAAAACAAGCAAAGGCAGUUAUCCGCCAUGUUGGUGCAUAGCUUCUCGUCUGGUGCGUGAUAUUUCUACAUGUGUACCGGCCGCGAUCUUUUGUUGCGUUCAUCAUGGUCGGUUGUGCUGUUGUCGGCUGUCACAGCAACAGUGUUCGCGACAAAGGCAAGGGAUUCUUUAGGAUUCCUAAAGUUAUAAGAAACAGCGACCCAGAAAGGAGAGACGAAUUUUUAUCCUCCUUGCGCCGCCAACAAUGGUUAUGCAACAUCUCAAGAGAAGAUCUCACAGAGAAGAACAUUAACGGCGGCAGAGUUUGUGGGGAUCACUUUGUCAGUGGCAAACCAUCCUCUACGUAUGACAGACGCAAUAUUGACUGGGCGCCAACCGUGAACCUUGGAUGCCACAGUGUGCAGAGUCUGUCAGCAUCACAGGCAUCAAGAAAGGAACGCCAAUGGAAACUACUCCUCAGUCAGUCCCUUGUCCCAAAUGAAAGCCACAUACCCAAUGGUGCUUGUAGUGAUACAAUGGAGUUCCCACUGACAAAUAUAACAGAGGUAUUGUGAUGGAUUCCUGGUGGAACAGAACACCUGUCACUCAUGUUCUAGUGGCACUUUUUGGAAUGGGUUCCUGGGUCUCAGUGAACUCGUUGUGGGUCGAGCUGCCCGUGGUGGUCAAUGUCCUCCCUGAACGUUGGAACCUGCCUGCUUACCUGUCCGUGUUGAUUGCUUUUGGAAAUAUCGGUCCAGUGAGCAUGUCGCUGAUGCACCGUUUUGCUCCAGGAAAAAUCAAUGAGCGAUUGGCCAUCCAUGUCAUUCAGGCGUUGGCUGUACUGGCUUCCGCCUGCCUUGCUAUGUUUUGGUUCCGGGUGGUUAGUGUGUUGGGGGAGAUGCACUCUGUACCCUACCUCCUGUUGGCCUUUGUGUUGGCUCUGGUCUGCUGCACCUCCAAUGUUACCUUCCUGCCCUACAUGUAUAGGUAUCCACCCGAGUUUAUUCGAACCUUCUUUUUUGGGCAGGGCCUCAGUGCUCUAUUCCCCUGUGUUGUGGCUCUUGGACAAGGUGUCGGGAAGUUGGAAUGUCUGAACAGCACUGCAGCAAAUGGCACCCUGAAGCCACACUUCCUUGAGGAAAACUUUCCUGCUCAAAAUUUCUUCUGGUUUAUGUUUGUCAUGCUGGGAAUCUCUGGCCUUUCAUUCCUGGCCUUGACGGUGAGGGUCACGGCCGAUCCAGCCGCGCCGGACAUCCAAGUUCCUGAUGUUCCAGUUAAAGGAGACACGGAGGAGUGUUCUCCAUUACAAAACGGAGGGAUGGCAGUGACUGACAACCAGGUGGAAGUGGUAAAUCCAGUCCCUAUAGGAACUUUCUGGACUCCAAAUAACAUAUAUCUACUCCUGAUGCUGGGCGUAUCCAACGCUCUUUCCAAUGGAGUUCUUCCCUCACUGCAAAGCUUUUCAUGUCUCCCAUAUGGAACAAUGGCUUUUCACCUCUCUGUCGUCCUUGGAAACAUUGCCAACCCCCUUGCCUGCUUUGUCGCCAUGUUUGUUCUCUGCAGGUCUAGCAUAGGCCUAGGUGUCCUGGCUGCUGUAGGAGGGAUCUUUGCGAUAUAUCUCUUGGUUCUAGCUGCCCUGAGUCCCUGUCCUCCACUUUUGGGAAACAUUUCUGGGAUAGUUCUUGUGGUGACUUCCUGGAUUAUUUUCACGGGGACAUUUUCAUACCUGAAGGCGGCCAUUGGUUCCCUGCUUCAUGAGCUGGGACACACUGCCUUGCUGUGGUGCGGCAUCUUUAUCCAGGCAGGCUCACUCAUCGGGGCGCUCUCCGUGUUUCCGCUGGUCAGCGUCUACCACGUCUUCCAGAGCGGGAGGGAUUGUGAAGACAAUUGUGCUUGAUGGUCAGUUUGCCAGGCGGGGGGGCAGCGUCUGGGGGCUGCAACAGCGAGCUGGACAGUUUCCAUUCUUCGUGAGAUGUUUUUAUUUAAAGCAAAGCAAUUUUAUUUGUCUGGUUUUAACAGUUUUUUUCCCUCCCUAAGGGAUAUUUUAAGUAUAUUUUGUUCACAGCACAAAAAACGGAACUGUAGAAUUAUGGAGAUAUUAUGCAUUGCUUCAUGUUCAUUUUAAUUUACUUUAUGGAUAUACAAGUGCUAUUGAAUUUGCAUGCUCACCUGAAGUAUGCAAGUCAUUUGGAUCUAACUCCACUAUUUGCAGAAAAUGUGCUCAGGCAUGUUUGAGAUUAUCAUAUCACAUUUCUGUUCAGAUUCAUAAAUAAUGAUUUCCUGAUGAUGACUAUUUAGAUAAAGCUGUUAAGAUAUAAUCCUUUAUCAAAAUUAAGCACCUUUUAUCAAAGUCAAGUUUCUUUAUAUAAAAAACCAUAAAAAAACUGUAUCAACCUGUAUCAAGAAUGACAUGCUAAAUUAAUACUGAAUAAUGAUUAAUUACCUCUAGCACUGUUUAGCUGAAGCUUUUAUCCAAAGCACAUAUAGCUCAGCAGGGCUGGUUAAGUGAUCGGUUGAAAAUGUUGCAUGAAAUAAUUACAAAUAAUUUCUAAAUCGUACAGAUAUCAGCUUCUUCUCCCGCAGUAUAAUCUGUAAAUUUUUCUAUAUGGGCAACAGUUCAAAAAUUUGCUACUUUAUGUUUGUUGUAGGCAGAAAUCUGAAUUUACAUUUACAUUUACAGUAUUUGGCAGACGCCCUGAGCCAGAGCGACUUACAUAAGUGCUUCAAGACGCUGCAAUGAAUUUUUUCUGAUACUAGCUCAAUAAGGACCCAGGCUAUGAAUACCAUGUAUCUGAAUACUCUGUUGAGAAAGUGCAACAAUUUUUUUAUUUUUUUAUUUAUUUUUUUUCUUCUUUUGUACACACACACACACACACACACACACAAGGAAAAGAGCCAAGUAAGAAUACAGAGUACUACUUCAGGUAUUUCUGAAAAAGGAAAGUUUUGAGUUGUCGCUUGAAGACAGCCAAGGUUUCCGCUGUUCGGACAUCAAGGGGGAGUUCAUUCCACCAACUAGGUGCCAGGACAGAGAAGAGCCGAGAUGUGUGUUGUCCUUGUGCCUUGAGGGGUGGUGGGACCAGUCGAACAGUGCUGGAGGAUCGGAGUGAUCGUGGUGCAGUACGGGGUGUGAUGAGGUCUUUUAGAUAGGAUGGUGCCAGACCCUUUUUAGCUUUGUAUGCGAGCAUCAGUGUUUUGAAUCUGAUGCGGGCAGCUACAGGAAGCCAGUGGAGAGAGCGUAGCAGAGGUGUGCAAAAGGUGGUAGCAAAUUUAGUGUUGCUUUCUACAUUUUCAUAAGGAAAAAAAAUCACUUUCCUAAAAUUCUAAGUAAAAACUGACAUUUGAACUGUUUAAUGUUGCCCUUUAACUGGGUUCUGUAGCUACAAGCCUUUGUACCUGUCAAACAGUGCCUAAGUUGGUGAUGUGGAAUGUGCACGUUUCUGUACAAUAGUACACAUCUGCCAGGUACUUCUCAUUGUGUGCGCCUUUGUAGUAUUUUCCAAAGUAAACAGAGAACAUAUUAAGACACCUCAAUUUUCUAACCUGCUAUACAUCACUUAAAGGUUAACAAGACAAGUUGGAUCAUUAUAACUAUGAUUUCCAGUCUGCUGACUUCUUAGGAAGGAAAAAAAAUAUUUACGGUAUACUAAAAAAAGAAAAUGCAUCAAGUGUUAUGAAACACUUAUCUGUUAGAACAUGCGGGGUGACCAUAACUAUGAAUCGGUGUGGAAGGGAAUGUGAUAUAAAGUAAUGGGGGAAAGGAAAACAAGAUGUUUUCAAAAUUUCAUCAGUGCAGACAUCAGCUGUCAAUAUCGACCGAUUCCUGCUACUUAAAGGGGUCUUAGUUCAGUUUUAGUUGAGGUUGGUGAAAUACAUCAUACAACCCUUAAGGCACAAUUAACAUUCAGUACCAAGACCGCACCUGAAAAAAUACAGACUUUAGCCAGAAUCUGUCACGGUCAAACGGUUAAAUAACAUCUAUAAUCUUUGUUCAAAAGAAGAAAUGACAUUGAAUGUUGAAGUACAAAAAAAAACACUCCCUCAGUUUUGUUUAAUGAUUCCAGAAUGUACAUUUUCCAAGGUGAUUUGUUGCUUUCUGCAGGGUCUUUGUUACUUUAUGCAGAAUUUAAAUGCACUAACCCUCACACUAUGUACCAUGAAGUGUGCGCGUGUCAGCUUUUGUUAUUUUGCUUUAAAAAAUAUUGUCCAACGUGUUUGAGAAGAAUAGUCGUAUAAUUAGAAUUAUAAUUAGGGGAAGAUGGUGGCACAGGAGGUAGUGCUCUCGUUCGGCAGCUGGAGGGUUGCAGGUUCGAGCCCUGGUUCCUUCUGACCCCAUCAAAGUGACCUUGAGCAAGACACUGAACCCCAAGUUGCUCCCGGUGAGCAGGUUGGCACCUUGCAUGGCAGCCUCUGCCACCGGUGUGUGAAUGGGUGUGUGGAUGGGUGAAUGUGAGGCAUGAAAUGUAAAGCGCUUUGAGUACUCGUAGGAGUAGAAAGGCGCUAUAUAAAUGCAGUCCAUUUACCAAUAACUACAAGCGGUGACUUAGGGGUCCGAAGGGUUGGAAUGUCAUCCAUUACAUAGAAGUAGGACAUCAGUACUGAUGGAAGUUGAAGUACUGACUCUCACUGACUUUUCCUCUGUCCCCAGAAUGGUCCUGGGAGGUAGGAUUUCAAAUUUGGUGAAGGAAAUUGUAAAGGUUUUAUCUUUUUUUACACGUACUAAUAAACUUCAGAUUUCCUCUCCAUUAAGAGGCAUCCAUCCUUAAUGUUGAAUUACUUUGUUUGACCUUGAGAUGGCAUCAAUGCACCACUGUCAGUUCAUCACUCCCCAUAGAAACACUGGGAACAGUUGAAAAUGGAUAGAAAUGCUGUUUUCACUGUAAAAAUUAUGCCAAAACUGUAAUGACUUUGAAUCUGCUUUCAUAUGAAGUUGUAUCUCUGUAGGACAGACAUCGUCAAAUUGAAUACUUUAUAAAGUUCUUUUUUAUUUUGUAUUUAUCUCAAAGGUGCCUUGACUCCAGGUCCUACCAUUUACUGGUAUUUACUGGCAUCCAAUGGCAUUCACUUCACUGGAUUUUCUCUGCAUUUAGGGAAGUAUAUUUGUUCAAAAUUCAUAAGAAACAAACUGCUAUAGGCAAAGAAAUCCCAUUCAAAUGAAUAGUGGGGUUGAAUUUGCCCCCCCCCCCCCCCCCAUUGAUUGUUUUGCGCCAAAUUUGCAGGGUCCUCCGACAGUUCCUUCCUGCAGUAUGCAUCAAGUUCGGUGAGGAUUGGCUGAAGCAUUUAUGAGAUAUAGCUGUGUCAUAGAUACAGGCAUGACACUGACACAGUUCGGUCAUGGCUUGUGGUCAUACCAUACAGGAAGUUAAAGCAUUUUUUAAUUAAUCAUAUAUAAGUGAGAUGUGCUGAUUUGAGUGCUACGAUAUUUGUCUAGGUUGGGUGGAGAAUGAAGGAUUAAUAGAAAUUUUUUGAGUGUAUAGAAAUCACUGGGAAAUGGAAGUGGCUGUCUUUUAACAGUAAAUAUAUUUCGAUGGCAUGAGUUACGGAACUGAAUGUGAAAAGCAUUUUGACCAUCAAUAUGAUAUUCAAAAAGAAAUGAAAAUACCAGUUGUGGUUCAGAGAUAUAGCUUCAAUUGCCAUAGUGCCCCCUAUUGACCAGUUGGCGGCAAAUUUGGAGGGUCCUUCCACAGUUCUUACAGUCUCUUAAAAGGUUUAAGAUAUUUCCAUUAAAUAUGUAUGAUUACUGUCUAUUGGGUGUCACAAAAUGCAUCUCAUUAAUAUUUUAGCCGUACAACCAAUCUGCUUACCAAAUUGUGGGCAUAAAUGAACAUCCACAUAAUACCGAAAAGCCGGCUUCUGGCCGUAUGUGUCGCCCAGGUGAUUAUGGUGUUUGUACGUUAUAAUAUCGAUAUGAUAUCGCCCAGCCCUACUCAGCGGUUUGUUUAUUCUGACACCACAUUUGCCUGAUUUGGUUGGUUUUCGAAAUUACGCAAAUUACCUGAAAAACUAAGUAGGCAUGCUAAGUGUUAGUUUGGCAAGUUCAUAGCACAUGGCCUCCGGUAUCUGGGGGUCGAAAGAAUUUUGACUCCAGCACUAACAGGUCAGGAGAUAUCAGCACAAAGGAAAAAGGGGGAGCUACAGCCCCCUUGACUGUCUGAUUUGGGUUGAUGGUCUGAGUAGUGAGUAGGAAGCAACAUCUUCCUACCAAAUUUGGUUGGUCUAGGUCUGACAGUUUAGGCUGCCCAUUUCACUUUAAGGAAGAAAAAGAACAAGAAAAGCCCUAACUAAAGCAAUAGUGAUCAUUGCACUGUGUGCUUUGGACCCCUAUUUACUAUAUUUAGUCAUAAAUGAUUGUUAUUGUUUUUUGGUAAUUAACAUUGUUGUUACAUUUGAUUGUAAUCGUUGUUACAUUGAAGUGGCCAAUUUGCUUGCUGACUGGGAUGCAUGUCAUUGAUUACACUGCAGAGGUGUGUUUCAGUGGCAUCAUUAUCCUGCCAGCAGAAUCUUAGAAUUAUCUCACUGUGGUUUGUGUGAAGUCCCACUGCUCUGUCUGUGGCCUAUUCUCUUACAAUACUUACCAUAUGCUACCAAUUGACUCCCUACCCCCUCCAUUUUAUCGCAGUUUUCUUUGCCUAUCUUGUUUUACUUUCAACUGUCUUUAAAAUAAUGUUUAAAUAAUAAGAUAAUCAUUUUGCAUUGAUUUUGUUUAGCUUAAAAAUGUCAUUUCUGUGGACACUUUGAGAUUUGUUUUAAAUGUGCGUUAUAAAUAAAAUUAUUAUUAUUAUUAUCAUUAUUAUUAUUAUUAUUAUUAUUAUUAUUAUUAUUAACAUCUUGAUUGACUUGUUAAUGAAUGCUGGUAUGUCCAUGUAUGAUUUCUUUUUCCACAUGAGUCCUGUACCUGGUGUUAAUCUUGCUGGUAAUUUAAUUUACUUUAUGGAAAAUGCAUUUUGUCUACUAUACACUGAGGAUUGUUUUUUAAGAAUAUGCUGUAUGUGUAUGUCUGGUGUCUCUUCAUGCAAAUACAUUCCUUAAUUAGC